AUGACGACGUGUCCGCAGUGCUACACGGGGACGUGCAAACGCCAUAAGCGUCAGGACCACGGCAAGUCGCUGAUCAAGAGUGCAAAUGCCGAAUCGACGUUACAAAAAAUGUACGACCAACUCGUGGGCUCUAAGCUGCAAAAGCUGCAGGAAGAUGCCAAAAAAGACGUCUCGAGCCAGAUCACGACGGCGUAUCGCAAGAAAUUGGACGCGUCGCGGGACAAAUCGAUGCACCAGAAGCACAAGAAGCGCUCCAAAGUAAGCAGUGAGGACUUGAAUGGAAGUGGCUUGAAUCCACAGGCUUUGGCUGCUAUUAAUGACCGGGACUCGGACGUCUCGGACGACGACCGACGAUCCAAGAAGAAGAAGAAGAAGGAAUCGGGUAGUAAGCGACACAAACGGGACAAGGACGACGACUCCGACGUGAGUGACGACAGUAGCCACGACUCUCGUCGUAGACCGAAGCGGUCGUCGUCUGAUCGAAAGCAUCGCCGGCAUUCCAAAUCGAAUCACGAGAAGAAGAGGCACAAAAAUACGCAGUCGAAGUGA